GGGCAGAGGCCACCAGCCCAGUUUUUCCGGUCAAAAUACCGGAAGCGGAAGUGGCCGCGGGUUGUUCAGUUCCGGUCGGGCGGCGGACAGAGGCUGCACAGACGGGUACAUAACUCUAGUAUGACAGGUUUGGAGAUCCCACCUGCUUUUUAACCAUGAAGGAGACAGACCGGGAGGCUGUUGCAACAGCGGUCCAAAGGGUUGCUGGGAUGCUUCAGCGCCCGGACCAGCUGGACAAAGUGGAGCAGUAUCGCAGAAGGGAAGCCCGGAAAAAGGCCUCCGUGGAGGCCAGAUUGAAGGCAGCCAUCCAGUCUCAGUUAGAUGGAGUGCGCACAGGCCUGAGCCAGCUCCACAAUGCACUGAACGACGUGAAGGACAUCCAGCGGUCCCUGGCCGAUGUCAGUAAGGACUGGAGACAGGGCAUCAACACCAUCGAGAGCCUCAAGGACGUGAAGGAUGCUGUGGUGCGGCACAGCCAGCUCGCUGCUGCUGUGGAGAACCUCAAGAACAUUUUCUCAGUGCCAGAGAUUGUGAGAGAAACCCAAGACCUCAUAGAGCAAGGGGCUCUCCUGCAGGCCCACCGGAAGUUGAUGGACCUGGAGUGCUCCCGAGAUGGGCUGAUGUAUGAGCAGUACCGUAUGGACAGUGGGAAUACUCGUGACAUGUCCCUCAUCCACAGCUACUUUGGGAGCACACAGGGGCUCUCUGACGAACUGGCGAAGCAACUGUGGAUGGUGCUACAGAGGUCACUGGUCACCGUCCGCCGUGACCCCACCUUACUGGUGUCAGUUGUCAGGAUCAUUGAAAGGGAAGAAAAGAUUGACAGGCGCAUACUUGACCGAAAAAAGCAAACUAGCUUUGUUCCUCCAGGAAGGCCCAAGAAUUGGAAGGAGAAUAUGUUUAAAAUCUUGGAUAAAACUGUAAUUACCAGAAUCGAGGGCACACAGGCUGACACCAGGGAGUCCGACAAGAUGUGGCUCGUUCGCCACCUAGAAAUCAUAAGGAAGUACGUCCUAGAUGACCUCAUCGUUGCAAAAAACCUGAUGGUUCAGUGUUUUCCUCCCCAUUAUGAGAUUUUCAAGAAUCUCUUGAGCAUGUACCACCAGGCCCUGACAAUACGGAUGCAGGAGCUUGCAUCAGAAGACCUAGAAGCAAAUGAGAUUGUGAGCCUGUUGACUUGGGUUUUAAACACCUACACGAGCACAGAGAUGAUGGGAAAUGUGGAGCUGGCCCCGGAAGUGGAUGUCGGCACCCUGGAGCCUUUGCUUUCUCCAAAUGUGGUCUCUGAGCUACUGGACACGUACAUGUCAACUCUCACUUCAAACAUCAUUGCUUGGUUGCGGAAAGCUCUAGAAACAGACAAGAAAGACUGGAUAAAAGAGACUGAGCCUGAAGCUGACCAAGAUGGGUACUACCAGACAACACUCCCGGCCAUCGUCUUCCAGAUGUUUGAACAGAAUCUUCAAGUUGCUGCUCAGAUAAGUGAAGAUUUGAAAACAAAGGUACUAGUUUUGUGUCUUCAGCAAAUGAAUUCUUUCUUAAGUAGAUACAAAGACGAAGCUCAGUUGUAUAAAGAGGAGCACCUGAGAAACCGGCAGCACCCGCACUGCUAUGUCCAGUACAUGAUCGCCAUCAUCAACAACUGCCAGACCUUCAAAGAAUCCAUAGUCAGUUUAAAGAGGAAGUAUUUAAAAAAUGAAGUGGAAGAUGGCAUGUCUCUGGGCCAGCCAAGCAUGGAUGGGAUUCUGGAUGCCAUCGCAAAGGAGGGCUGCAGCAGCUUGCUGGAGGAGGUCUUCCUGGACCUGGAGCAACAUCUCAAUGAGCUGAUGACAAGAAAGUGGCUCUUGGGAUCGAACGCUGUAGACAUCAUCUGUGUCACCGUGGAAGACUAUUUCAAUGAUUUUGCCAAAAUUAAAAAGCCGUAUAAAAAGCGGAUGACAGCAGAGGCACACCGACGCGUGGUGGUGGAGUACCUGCGGGCUGUGAUGCAGAAGCGCAUCUCCUUCCGCAGCCCCGAGGAGCGCAAGGAGGGUGCCGAGAGGAUGGUCCGGGAGGCCGAGCAGCUGCGCUUCCUGUUCCGCAAGCUGGCGUCUGGAUUUGGCGAAGAUGCAGACGGGUACUGUGAUACGAUCAUCGCCGUUGCAGAAGUGAUUAAGCUGACAGACCCAUCCCUGCUCUACCUGGAAGUCUCGACUCUGGUCAGCAAAUAUCCAGACAUCAGGGAUGACCACAUUGGCGCACUGCUGGCCUUGCGAGGGGAUGCCAGCCGGGAUAUGAAGCAGACCAUCAUUGAGACAUUGGAGCAGGGCCCCACGCAGGUGAAUCCAAACUAUGUGCCCAUCUUUAGGGAAAUCAUAGUUCCCAGUCUGAACGUGGCCAAGCUCCUCAAGUAGACUUUCACUUUCUGUCUGACCUGUGGUUGGGGCACAUCUUCAUCCCACAAACUUCAUCCCAUGCCUGACAUCCAGUGUGACUCAUGGUGCCGAGAGCAAGGCUGCCUGACCGACAGGCGCUCUGGUGGUGGGUUCUGACCCUCUCAUCUGGUUGCGGACCAGCUUUGUGGGCAGGGUCCCGGCUGACUUCUGGUUCACCUCUCGUCUCACUCCCUUCUGUAGUGUCAGCACUUCUAAUGUUCAAUAAAGUAAACGCUGUGGGAAAUGAGCUUCCCAGCUGUUUCUUACUAAUGGUGACCACAGGGCCCAGACACAGCACCUGAAGGUGUCCCCAUCUACCUGCCACCCUCACCCAUCUGGACAGGUCUCACUGGUAUCCCUGUGGCCCACUGCUCCACACCCACACAGGCAGCCCUUGGCGUUUCAGAUGUAUGGGUCUUGCUUAUUCCUGACUCAGGGUCCCUGAGACCCUUUCUCUGUUAUUCAGCUGUCUCUCCAUGGCUGUCUUCAGUGGUAGCUUGUUUUACACAUUAAUCUUCAGACCGGGUUCAUGGAAGGGUUCGUCCAGGAUAAAUGGUGAGUCCCUGCAUAUGCCUCCCCAAACUUUAGUCACCCUCCAUCCCAGGGAGCGAGAUUUCUUAGAUGGGUGGUGCCUGGAGAGGAAUUUGCCCGUUCCUCUGUCGCAGGCCCCGUGUACCCUAGAUUCGGGCUCCCACGGACUGGCCAGUUCAGACUGGAGGGUUGUCCCUCAGGAAGGCGUCUGUGCUGCUCCCUCCCAUUAGGACUGCUUGUGUGUCCCAACAGGCUGGUUUCCUCCUAAGAUACAUUCCAGACGACAAAGUUUCUAUUGCGAUUUCACCCUCGAGACAGAUAGGACUUUUUCUUGAAAGAAUCAAAACUGAAGUGGAAUUGACAUGUUGCUGACAUGUUGCUAACUCAGUCAUGAGUUAGCUCGGGUCUUUUUCUCAACUCUCGCUCUUGUUUUAGCCCUAGUUUCUCCCUCCGCCCCUUGGUUUCAGGUGCUUCAUUCUCCCGCUUAGGCUGGGUGGGCACUGUUCCCAUCCUUCCUAGGCCUGUCCUCUGUGCUGUGAUGAGUCUAAGGGAGGGAGGGGUGGUGUCACCUGACUCUCCUAGGGAGGAACCAGUUUCCAGGGCCCAGGCUGUGCCCACAGCUGUGUGUCCAGUGACCUGGUACCAGCCAGAAGUGCCCUCACUCCCUCCCUCCUCUCAUGUGCACACAGGUAACGUUAACUCCGGCGCCAGAGCAAUGUCUGCCUUCAGGACACUGCUCCUUAUGUUCUCUUUGAUGUGAUUUCUCAUUGAUAAUGUUUGCACCAAAAAAUGCCUUGAAAUCUUUUUAAUAGAUUUGAUCAAUCAGUUGUGGCAGGUUCUGCGAUGGGCCCCCUGCACAGACGCUGUCAACAGCACAUUGGGGGCCACGUUAAGGCACAUGGAUUGUGAUUAGGGUUACAUAGCUUGACUGAGAUCAUUUUCACAAAAUUGAAUUCACAAUUUCACCACUCAUAACUUAUAAUACAUUUCAAUUCCAAUUUCAAAGAAAUUCUUGCUUUAAAAAUUCUUUUCAUAAUAGAUCAAUAGUAUGCAGUAGGUGAGCAUUGUGACAAAAUUAUUUUCAAGAUACAGAAAUGAGAAGUAGCGACUCCUAAAUUUGUGUGCUUUAUAGCCUACCACAAAGUAGGUCAAAGUUCAGUAUUAAAUAAAUAGGAAUUCUUUCCUAAUAAAAAAUUUUACAACAGUUUUCCUAAGGAAAUACAUUCAUAAGACAUUGUUUACAUUCUGUUUUACAGUGACAAGAACAGCUAGGAUUCUCAUUUAUGAAAUGUAUCCACAGUACGAGGGUUUAUGACACUGUGUUAACAGAUGGAGUUGUCUCUCGAUCACUGAAAUGUGGGUUUUGGAGUUCUGUGAGGUUUCAUGUCUGGAACUUCCGUUCCAUUAUGGCUGUGCUUAUUAGACUGUGCCGUUCAACUAACAGGAAAUCUGCCUGCCCCUUCCUCCUCC